AUGCCAAAAAUUACGUUGCCACACCUGCCUGUGUCUGGGCUUUUUGCUGUCACGAAACCUUCUGGACCGACAUCGAUGUCCGUCAUCAAUGACCUCAAACAAUUGGUUGGCAACUCGCGUUUGUUUGUGGAAGCAGACAAAUUGGAAAAACGCGGUAAAGGUAAGGUCCCUACUAAGGGGAGGCGCGCACGAGAGAUAGUGAAGAUAGGACAAGGAGGAACGCUUGAUCCUCUUGCUGAUGGCGUUCUGGUCGUAGGUGUCGGAAAAGGAACCAAACGUCUCAACGAGUUCUUGGAUUGUGUAAAGGAAUACCGCACAACGGCGCUUUUGGGAUGCGAAACUGAUACCUACGAUAGUGAAGGUAGCCGAGUACGUGUUGCACCCUGGAGACAUGUCACCCAAGAAGCCGUGGAGUCCGCAUUAAACAAAUUCAGAGGGGAGAUACACCAAGCGCCUCCAAUUUUCUCCGCGCUCAAGAUGGAAGGUAGACCGCUGUACGACUAUGCUCGGAAAGGCAUACCCCUGCCUCGGCCCAUCGAGAAGAGGAAAGUCACAAUACACUCCUUGGAAAUACUCGAAUGGAAAGGAAGUGACCAUGAAUUCCGUUGGCCAGAAAAGGAAUUCACUUCGGAUGAAAAACAAGCAAUGAAAAAGGCCUUAGAAGGAGUCGAAGAAAACCCUAUCAUCAAAGAUGAACUAGAGCCUGCGGUGGGUGACGAGCAUCCAACGGCAUUUGUACUCAGCAUGAAGGUUUCCGGAGGGACAUACGUACGCUCGAUCGUGCACGACCUCGGUCAUGCUGUCGGGUCAGCUGCUCAUGUCGUAACUCUGACUCGAUCUCGACAAGGCCGUUUUGCGCUCGACCCAGCUGCUGGCUCCGAAGAAACAGGAUGUAUUCCUUGGGACGUAUUUUCCCGUGCGUCUGAAUCCGAGGGCGAUGUAGACGAAGACGGAUGGACACAAUGGGAGCGGGAAGUCAUCGAUCGCCUGGAAAUCGUUGAAGGUCCUAAGCUUCAAAAGACUUCUUGA